AUGUUGCAAGGUAUAAUACGUGUUGAUUUGCAUGCAACCGGAAAUCUUGAAUCCCGGAUCUUGGAUCUUGGAUCUGAGAUCAUUCAGACGGCUCCAUUAUUAUCUUGCCUCCGUCCCCCUGGCAUCUUUGCCUCAGUCAAUCGAGAACCCGAAUCCGCGUCUCUUUCAGGUACAGAAACUGGCAUGCCCGCAUGCAUCGAAGUUAUAGAGUCCCUGAAAACCAGGAGGAAACGACGGCUCUUCGGUUGGAUCCUGGUUAUUCUCUUCAUCAUGAUUCAUGAUUACGGGGCAGAGAGCCGCCGGACCUUGGUUUCCAGGUUAGCCUUAGAAGCAGCUUCAGGGUUCCUUGCUCUGCGACUGGCUCAGCAAACCAGCGAAUCCCAGCCCAUAGACACAUCCUCCAGGGGCGGCUAA